AUGGCCCCGAAACGCUCCCGCGACGAUACCACCACCGCCGACGAGAAGCGGGAAACCACUAGCGAUGCCCCCGUGAAGAAGAGAAAGGGUUUCAGCGUUGGCCCUGCAAACCUCCCAGAAGGAACAUACCGUCGCAAGAAGAACCCAAAUAUAGCCCAAAAAAUCAAAAAUGACCUAAUCCAAAAAGCCAAAGUCAAAAAGGCUUACGCCAAAGUUCGCGCCGCCGAGCUUGCCGCCGCUCCAUCCAGACCUAUCUACACCGACGAUGCCCAGAAUCAAGACGAGGAUAACAAGCGCGCGGACCCGGCCCCGGCAUCGUUGGAACUUCACCCGGACCGACAGGCUAUGCUAGACCAGCCUGCGCCAGAGCCGGAGCCUACUCCUGCUAGACCGCAGCGUGGGGAGAAGCGCAAUGCGAAGGGUCGUCGUGAGAGAAAGCCCAAGCCCUCGGCGUUUGCUCGGGAGAUGGAAAUUGCGGAGCAGCGGAGGAAGGAGGCUGAGAAGCGUAGGGAGGAGCGCGAGUUCAGGCAGAAGGAUCGCGAGGCGAUGGCGCGUGCGAAACGGCCGGAUCAGACGGGGAAGAGGAGAUUGGGGAGAGAGAGUAAGGUGUUGUUGGGUCGGGUGGAACGCAUGGUUGGGAAGGCAUAA